CAGCCCUACCAUCUUUAUAUGACUUGAAAAGUUCAAAGAUCUUACUAUUCGAGAUCCGAGACCUUCAUGGCCUCACAUGGCGAGGAUGAAGAAGAUGUCCUACGGCUCCCUGCCGCCACGCUCGCGCUUCUGGAACAGUUCUACGACGAUCGCGAAGCCCAAGAAGCUCGAUUCGAAGACCUAAAAACCAAAUCGGAGUUGAAAUUUGACAAGGAUAACCCUUUGUCAAUGGAACUCUUUACGGAAGAUUGGAAUGCCAGUCAAUUCUGGUACGAUGAUCCUACCGCUACAGCCUUAGCGAGGGAACUCCUGGAGGAUGCGACAGAUGAGACUUGCAUUGCGGUCGUAUCUGCGCCAAGUGUGUUUAUCCAGCUCAAGAAUCUGCAGGCUACGGAAUAUGCCAACACCCAUCCGACAAUCUCCCUCCUCGAGUAUGACGACAGAUUUGCUGUGUUCAAGGAGUUCGUUCAAUACGACUUCAAGUAUCCUUUCGUGUUACCAGCGGAGAUGAAAGGGAAAUACCACCGCAUUAUAUGCGAUCCCCCCUUCCUCAGCGAUGAUUGUCAAACACGGACUGCCAUUACCGCUCGGUGGCUCUCAAGCACUUCGCCGGAGCCUGGAAGAGGUCUACCGGCCAGUGAGGCGUGGAAACCGGAGUUGAUCAUCUGUACGGGGGAACGGAUGGAGCAACUCAUCCUCAAGCUCUACAGCGCAUCCGGCGUCCGAACCACGUCGUUUGAGCCGAAGCACGCGAAGGAACUAGGCAAUGAGUUCCGCUGCUACGCGAAUUCUGAGUCUAAGGCAUCUUUAUGGAGCUGGAGAUAGCUCUGUUAUUAUAUAUCAAACGUAGCAUCAUAUACAUCAUGCC